AUGAAUUACAUAGACGAUAUAAGAUUCAAGAAAAUGAAAGAUCUGUACGGUCUUUAUGAUGCUUAUGACUCUUUUUCUCAAGAAAGACAUUAUGUUAAUGAAGAUCAAGGAAAUUGCAUGACACUUAGACAGUUAAUUGUUGAUUAUAAUGAUAUUAUAGAGAAAAAUAAAAAAUAUGAAAGUAGCAUUUAUUUAUAUAAGGAAUUAAAAAAUAUUAAAUGUUUAAUUGAAAGGGAUCAUUUAUUCUAUUCAGGUCAUGCUUUAGAAUAUGAAAAACCAUGUAAGUAUAAUAAAAAAACAAUCGCUCCAAUAACAAUACCACUCAUUAGUGGAAUGACAGGAAUGUUUGGCUUAUUACUCUAUAAGGUUAAUAAUAAUUUCAUUUAUAUAUGCUAUAUAUUAUAG